CAAAGAUAUCGAUCUCUCAUUUUUGACGUUAAAAUUCUUUUCUAAUUCGCAACAAACAGCGAUAGUCAUGAGCGCCCGCCAAUCUUUUGUUCCUCGUUCAGCAUCUCGUGCUUCUACCCAUGCAGACACUGAACACCCGUAUGAUAUGCCGCUCCGUAACCAGAAUUCCCUAGGCCAGCCCCAACGUAUUGGCGGUAUCCAGAAUGAACUUGAAUCAAUGCAACCAAAAACAGACUCCGAGAAGAAGGCUCGCUUUGCAGGGAUGUUCGGGAAGCACAAACUCGCUGGCAAACCCAGCUCCGGAGAUCAUCAAGCGGCUAUGGACGUGUCGUUCUCCAGCGCUUCUGGGCGUUUCAGCGGAAUAUAUCGCCCUGAUAUGCAAUCACCAGCCCCCCCACGCAGGUCUAGCUCUCCAUUCCGUGGAAAAGGGUCGCCUUUCGUUCCAUCAUCCAAUCCUGGCAUAUCCUUUGCUCGCCCCACGUCACCUAUCGCAAAGUCUGCAUCCCACAGAGGAGAUUUGACUAUUUCCGGUCUCAAAGACGCGCAUAUAUCCACUGCAGGUGUCGUCUCAGGGUUGAUUUCUACUUCUCGUGUCAUUGCAGCGCCCAUCCCAAGCUAUGGGUCUAUUCACGAUGGCGAGCACGAUGACGAACACACAUUCAGCUCCAACAAAUCUUCUCUAGUCAAGUUGCAGCCUGCGCAACUCCUUGAGAGAAUCCACGAAGACGUCGAGCCAGAGACAGCAAAUGAGGACGAAGCGCUACUUGACGCUCGCAGGACAAACGUUGCCGCUCAUCCCAUGUUACGCAGGGUGAAGCGCACUAUCCAAGGCGCCCAGGAGGACGAGGCCGAUUUCUCACCCCAUGACGAGGUUGAAUAUAUGCGUACAGUCAAACGGGUCAGGAUCGACGAGUUUUCCCGUGAAUUGUCAGAUAGCCGUCCUGACGCCAGUAGCCACUCCGGUGUCGACCAUACUCAACUGCAACCUGACCUUGAUGACGAUGCGGCUCGUCAAUCUUCACCUCCCACGGGCCAACCUGGCACGGGUGCCGCGGAGGAAAUCUCUCUUGAUGGCUUGUUUGCAAACAUGAAUACGUUCCUGAAUGUGGAGACUUUCAUGGGCCUUGUUCAGAAGUGGUCUACCUGCUCGAGGGAAGAGUGGCUUCAAGGUUCUGGAGAAAUUGUCGACCAGUUUAAAGAUAUCAUUGACUCCGUCAAGGAGAACCUCACGUGCGUGCCUUUUCAAAUAUAUCAUAUCCCUGUCUUGUGGUGGAGUUACUGAUCAUGAUCACGCCUCCUGAUCAUUAUACAGAGCCAAUGUUACUCUUUACUCCCGUCUGGACGACCAAGUGCGCGAUCGCCGUGAGGAACAGGCUCAGCUCACCGAACAUUUGAGGCGAGGAUUGGGAUCGGCCAGGACAGAUCUGAUCGCUAUUUGCCGGGGGAAGUAAAUCGAAGCGGUGUGGUUAAUGCUGCGGUGAGAUGCUUGUACGACGUGCCUUUUCACCUCCUAUGCUGAAAAUAAUGGACUUCAUAUGAGAUUGUGGAUGUGCUUCGUGAAAC